CCCCUGCAGGUGCCAUGACCCAGCAGCCGCAGGAGGGCUUCGCCAGGAGCGUGGGGGACGCCCAGGAGUGGAUGAAGGCUGUGCAGGAGCGGCUGCAGAUCAAUGACGACACCCAGGGGCCCCGCGCAGCCCUGGAGGCCAGGCUGCGGGAGACCGAGAAAAUAUGCCAGCUAGAGCCAGAGGGCCGCGUGAAGGUGGACAUGGUGCUGCGGGCGGCCGAAGCCCUCCUGGCAUGCUGCCAUGAGGACCAGAAGCCCGAGAUCCUGGCCCGGCUGAGGGACAUCAAAGCGCAGUGGGAGGAGACGGUCACCUACAUGACCCACUGUCACAGCCGUAUUGAGUGGGUGUGGCUGCACUGGAGCGAGUACCUGCUGGCCCGGGAUGAGUUCUACCGCUGGUUCCAGAAGAUGACGGUGGUGCUCGAGCCCCCUGUGGAGCUGCAGCUGGGCCUGAAGGAGAAGCGCUGGCAGCUGAGCCAUGCCCAGGUGCUGCUUCAGAACGUGGACAAUCAGGCCAUGCUCCUGGACCGGCUGCUGGAGGAGGCGGCCUCCCUGUUCAACAGGAUCGGGGACCCCAGCGUGGACGAAGACGCGCAGAAGAAGAUGAAAGCCGAGUACGACGCGGUGAAGACCAAAGCCCAGAACAGAGUGGACCUGCUGGAGCAGGUGACCCAGGAGCAUGAACAUUUCCAGCUGAGCGUGGACGAGUUCCAGCUGUGGCUGAAGGCGGUGGUGGAGCGGGUGCACGGCUGCAUGGGGCGCAAGUGCCGGCUGAGCACCAAGGACCGUCUCUCGGCGCUGCAGGACAUCGCCAGCGACUUUCCCAGGGGCGAGGAGUCUUUGCGGAGGCUGGAGGAGCAGGCCGGGGGCGUCAUCCAGAGCAGCUCCCCUCUGGGUGCAGAGAAGAUCGCCAGAGAACUGGAGGAGAUGCGGAAUGUUCUGGAGAAGCUGCGUGCACUCUGGGAGGGGGAGGAGGGGCGGCUGCGGGGCCUGCUCUGGUCCAGGGAAGCCUACGAGCAGCAGAGGAGGCAGCUGGAGGCCGAGCUGGCAGAGUUCAGGAAGGGCCUUCAGAGGCUGGCGGAGGAGGACCUGGAACCCGCGGCCAAAGCAGGGACCCAGGACGAGCUGGUGGCCCGCUGGAGACUCUACUCGGCCACGCGGGCGGCGCUGGCCGCGGAGGAGCCUCGGGUGGACCGGCUGCAGGCCCGGCUGAAGGAGCUCAUCGUGUUCCCCGAGGACCCGCAGCCCCUCGCGGGCAGCGUGGUCUCUGCCAUCCAGGAGCACCAGAGCAUGAAAGCCAAGAGCAGCAGACUGCGUAAUGCCGCGGGCGUGGACCUGUGGCGGCAUUUCCAGCGGCCCCUGCAGGAGCUGCAGCUGUGGAGGGCUCUGGCCCAGAGGAUCGUGGACGUCACCGCCAGCCUGCCGGACCCGCCCUCCAUCCACACCUUCCUGCCACAGAUUGAGGCGGCCCUGGCGGAAAGCUCCCGCCUGAAGGAGGAGCUGACGAUGCUGCAGCUGAAGAAAGACCUGCUGGGUGGCAUCUUUGGCCAGGAGAGAGCCACGGCCCUGCUGGAGCAGGUGGCAACUUCCGUGAGGGACAGAGACUUACUGCACAACCGGCUUCUGCAGAGAAAGAGCAAACUGCAGAGCUCACUCGCUCAACACAAAGAUUUCGGAGCUGCUUUUGAUCCCCUGCAGAGAAGGCUCUCAGACCUCCAAAUCAGGGCCCACGCUGAGAAUGGGCUUCAGCGGGACCUUCCUGGGAAACAGGCCCAGCUUUCGAGGUUGCAGGGGCUACAGGAGGAGGGGCUGGACCUGGGGGUGCAGAUGGAGGCCAUGAGGCCUCUCGUCCAGGGGAACUCCCACCACCAGCACAGAAUGGACCAGCUCUCCUCUGACCACCAGACCCUGCACAGGUCUCUGGAGGACCUUGUGGACACGUGCCGGCAGAGCGUGCGAGAACAUUGCACCUUCAGCCACGAGGUUCUGGAGCUGCGACAGUGGAUCUCCGUGCUCACGCAAAAGCUGGAGGCCCACCGUGUGGACACGGGCCCAUGGGAUGCCCAGUCCCGAGAGGUCGAUGUCGAGAAGCUGCUGGACGAAUUCCCCGCAAAGGAGGCCCAGCUGCCCCUGAUUGAAGCACGCGGCCGGCUGGUGAUGGAGAAGUCUUCUCCGGAGGGGGCUGCUGUGGUCCAGAAGGAGCUUCAGGAGCUGGUGGAGUCUUGGGGGGCCCUGAGGCUGCUGAGGGGAAGCCUGCUGAGCCUCGUCAGGAACCGGCAGCUACAGAGGGUGGAAGUGGAUUCGGGGAAGAAACUGAUUUUCACCAACAACAUCCCAAAGACUGGGUUUCUCAUCACCCCCAUGGAUCUUAUUUUCCGACACCACCGUCAGACAAAUGUGCUUCAGGAGGAGGAAGACAGCUGUGAAGAUUUCUCCCAGCUCCUGAGGAGCUUUGAGCACUGGUUGCAGGUGGAUAAUUCCAAGUUGGUUAGAAUCAUCGGCAUGAGAACUGCCACCGCCAAGGACCUGAGGACCAGAGAAACAAAACUGCAGGAGCUGGAGGCUCGGGUACCAGAAGGUCAGCAUCUCUUUGAAAACCUCCUUCGUCUCAGGCCAGCAAGGGGGUCCUCAGAUAAGCUGGAGGAUCUGCGCUACCGGUGGAUGCUCUACAAGUCCAAACUAAAGGACUCCAGCCACCUGCUUACGCAGAAUUCUCCAGGGGAGCCGACUGGAUUCCAAAAGUCUUCAUUUAGAAACAAAUGGAUGUGUGAAAGUUUGAGUUCAGUGCUGGCUGGCUUUUGAGCUCAUGGGUCUCAGCCCCCUGUGAAGAAGCAAGCAACUCGGAAGCCAAUCUACAGAGGCCAUCUGGGGUUCCUUUAUAUGAGCUUGUUUCAGCACAGAUUUCUGGGUCCCACAUCCAGAGUUUCUGAUGCAUUAGGUCUGGGGGUGGGGGGCCUAGGAUCUGCAUGUCCAUCGAGCUCCCAGAUGACGCUGUUGCUGCUGGCCCGGGGACCAGACUUUGAGAACUGCUGCUGUACGCUCUGGAUCUGAGUCCAGGAUCCACCAUCAGUGUGUGUGACCGUUGGCGAGUCACUUAACCAGGGUUUUCCAAGGAAUAAAAUGCGGGUCCGCUGAACUAAUAGUUCUUAUCGUAAAGAUUCUUAAUUGCCAUGUAAAUGAGGACCAAGGAGAGGUCUGCAGUCACUGCCUCUGCUUCCCUUCCUGAUGGCAGAGGGAUAGUGCCGCUUCUGGGGGGAGCAGUGGGGGGGAUCCUCCUGCCGGUGCGGCUCUGGUGUUGUUUGGCUGGGAGGGGUGCACACAUGCGUGUGUGGGGCUCUGCACAUACACACGCAGGUCUGACAGGUAGAAAAUAGGUGCUGUUUUCCGAGGUUGUAAUCUUGCCAACUUAAAAACAUUCCAUAUAUUAGUUUUAGUCCAAAGGGAAGGGGGGAAAAAAAAAGAAAACUCUGCCCCAAAGCUAAUUAUUUAUGAGCAGUUGGCUCUCCACACUUUUUUUCUCUCCACGCACCAAGCCACUGAAAGCUCCAACUACGUCAGUGGCUUCAGCCUCCUUGUUUAUAUAAACAGAAUAAUUAAGAUUUAUUAAAUUUGCAGCUGCCUACACACUUGCCAGCUCAGUGCCACCGGAUACGUCUGCUUGAAGCAGUCAGACACAUGCAAUGUCAUUGCUUUUCGAGCUGCUGUUGGGCUGUGAGUCGACUGAAUUCCUGCGCUGGUACAGGGAAGUGGUCCUACCUGAGACAGCCUGUUAGUUGAGGGGCAGAUUUGCCAAUGCUUGCCUUUGCCGGCGUGCACUAGGCAGGGCCACAUGCCCGCGUGCAAGCAUGGAGAGCAGAUUCCUCCCGGGCAUCCCAUGCUGUGGCCUCUGAGUGAUGGGUCCAGAUGGUGAGAGACUCGAGAGUGGCAUUUUAUUCACAGGUUUUAGACUCAUAAUUAUUCACGUUUUCACCUCUCGGGAAUGGGGGUGUCCUAUUACAAUCUAGUUUUUCCAGCGAAGACUGGGGCUUACUUUUCUCUGCCACCCGGGGCACUUUCCACCUGAGAUUUCUUUAAAUUAAAAUCUCUCCUUGGAGGUUGAGUUUUGUUUUCCAUUGGACCACACCGAUUGUGUCGAUUUAGAUGACCCACCUCUGGGAGCUCUGAACUGAGGUUCAAAUUCUCAGGGGAGACUUUAUUUCCUGCCCGCACCCAGUGCCAAGAUAAGACCUGGGAUUUCCUUGCUUCCCCUUUCGGUGGGGCGGGAUUAGCCCUCGGUUCCCCCUGACCCCAAACGCAUAGCCCCGUGUGGCCCCGGCAUUGUGUGGGAUCUGCAAUCAGACACUCCAUCUUGGUUGUUGGGUCUCUUUCUUUCUUAGCGGUGUGUAAAAUAGUGCUGUACCUUACAGUCAGCGUGCUAGAGCAGAAGAAAUAUUGUAAGACCAAGUCUCAGAACUCACUAAAUCUCUUAGUGAGUUUCCCACGUUAGGCAAUAACUUUCUCUCACUAUAGCUAUGCUUUUUUUUUCUUUUCAUUUAUUAGUUCACUUUAUUAUUCAUUCAAUAGCUAUGCUUUUAAAAAUUCAUCACUAUUAACCAGAGUUCAUAGUUAACAUUAGGGUUCACUUUUUGUGUUGCACAUUCUAUGGGCUUUGACAAAUGUCUGAUGACGUUGCAGUGUCACGCAGAAUGGUGUCACUGCCUUAACCUUCUCCCAGCUCUUCCUCUUUAUCCCUCUCCCCUCCCCCAGAGCCCCAGCAACCACUGAUCUUCUUACUUCUUUCACUUAGCAACAUGCGCUUGAGUUUCCUCCAUGCCUUUUUGUGGCUGAUAUUUCAUUUCCUUUUACACAGAAUAACAUUCCAUUGUAGGCAUGUACCAUUUACAGUCUUUUAUAGCCUUUUCCGCAGUCCAGGAUCCAACCUAGGAUCACACGUUACAUUCAGUCAUCACACCUCUUUAGUUUCCUCUAAGCUGGGACCAGUCCUCAGUUUUUCUUGACCUUGACCUUCUUGAGUACAGGCCAGAUAUUUUGUAGAAUGUCCCUCACUUUGGGUUUCCCCAGUGUUUCCCUGCUCUGCAUUUCUGGAAAGCAUAUCCCAGAAGUGAUGCUGUGUUCUUAGCGCGUCUUAUUGGGAGACAUGUGAUAUUGGUACACCCCCGUAUUGGUGAUGCUGAUUCUGAUCACGUGAUGAAGGUGAUGAGUGUCAAAUUUCUCGCCUGUGAAACCGCUCUCAUUUCUUUUAUAAUUAAUGAGAACUAACUGCUCAGAGACCCUAGAAAUACAGCGCCUCUUUCUUACAUGGUCACAUCCACCGGGUUCUCCGGGGCCUCUUUCCCUCUCACGACUCACUCCCCAGCAGUUCCUUCCUGCCGUGGCUUUGUUCCCCGACUCUAGGCCUCUCUCUCUCUCUGGUCCACCUCUGGUCUGGGUCUCCUUCUAGCUUCAGUGCCAAGGCCCAAGCCUGUGGGAUGUUUAUCCGGGAGACUCCUCGACUCAGCGUGUCUAAAGCUGACCUCACCGUAUUCCCUGUGUCCAGCCAAACCCCGUUCCCCAUAUCAGCAAAGCAUCCUCACUACCCAGUCUUCCAAGCUGGAUGCCUCUGGGUCACCCUAGACCCUCACUGACCUGGGUUCUGUCCUAGACUCAAAAGAGCCUGGUCAUGGAUGGAUCUCAGAUGAGGGAAGGAAGGGAAGGGAAGGGGGCCUUGUGUCCAUACAUCUGCUGCUGAAUGGGGCUCUGUCCUCUCUCGAGUAAUAAUAAGGUCACUCCUCAGUCUGAUCAUUUCAUCCAGAGGUUCUUCCCAUCAAUCACCAAACCACCUCCAAAAAGCCAGCUCAGACCGUCUCAUCUUCAUCCUCCCCCAAACCAAGCCAGGGAGCUGGAAAAACACAGUUCUGUAGCCUGACCAUCACAUGCAGGGCUGGCCCAGUGAGGAGAUAACAUUAAUCCCGCCCCACCCCAGCCUCUGCCCUUCUGUGCCUGGGUGGGAGCUCUCCGCCGCCUCUGAGCAUGCCUGGGGAGUGAGUUUGGGCUCUAACUCAGUGCUUUGGCACCAAGAACUUGGUGACGAAGACAUUCAAGGUGCUGUGGGCAGGACCCAGCCCAAGAUCUGUGAUGUCCUGAGACUCCCUGUACCAGUCAAGGAGACGCAGCCCCCUGCUGGGGGUUCUUGAGGAACGCUAGUGGGAGCAAGCCAGCCAGCAUGUGGCUUGGCGUCUGUCAGAGGGACCUUCAGGGACUGAACUCAUUGCCAAGUGAGAGUCUAGUGAGGGGCAUUGGUGCUGGUCCAUCUUGAAUAGCCAGAGAAAAGCUGGCCCCUGCCCAUCACCUUGAGCUCUUGGCGCUGGCCUGGAAGCGUCUUUGUGCUGGAGAAUGAGACCGAACUAGCUCCUGGGAAAGACCCUGCAAGCCCAAGUGGUGUUGCUGUGGGACUUCCAUACCCAGGGCCCCGGGUCAGGGUGGGACCAGCUUCAACAGAGGCCCAGGGGGACUUGUCUCAUUGUUGCUGCUUCUUAUGAGAAACGCCACAUGGGAUGGUGGGAAGAGCCUGGCUGUGGAGCCGUGCUGGUAAUUUGAGCCUGUCCGUGUGACCUUGGGCUGGUUAUUUCCUGCGGGCUCAGUUUCUUCCUCUGAGAAAUGGGCACAGGGUACCUCCCAGAGCUGGGCAGGAGCUCAGGAAGCCCGUGAGUGAGGAGGCGAGCUGAGCGCGGGGCUGGGGUGUGCUCAGUGUUGUUCAUUCACGUGUGGAGCCCAGAUUCUCUGGGGGAGCCAUCAGGACAGCGUGGACAGUUCACUGACAGGUCAGUGAGUGUCUGCGUGGUCACACCACAGGCACCGAGGGAGGAGCAGAUGGCCAGAUGCACAGGAAGGGAAAGAGCCUCUUAUUCAUUGUUUCGUUCUUUCAGUAGGUAUUUACUGCACAUUGCUGAGGAUACAGCGAUGAACCAAACUAAUGUAGACCCUGCCUCCAAGGAGCCAAGGGGAGCACAGACUUUAAGUGGUAACCCAAAGGAAAGGCAUUGGUGCCGUGAGAAUGUGUAAUGGGCCUUUUUUUGGUUUAGAGGCAGGGAAGGUUCCCCUGAGGAAGCGACUCACAAGUUGAGAUUAGAAUGAUCAGUAGGAGCUAACCAGGUGCAUUGGAGAAAGGAGGGAAAUGGGUCUUCCAGCAGAAGGGAUAACCUGUGCAAAGGCCCUGUGGCAGGAGGAUCUGAGGGCCUUUAAGGGGCCAAGAGAUGGCGUUUAGGGAGAGCAGUGUCUUCCUUUCUGAUGGGGCUGAGGAGGUGAUAGUGUCUGAUUCUUGGCACCCCGGGUGCAGGGGGAAGCUUAGGGGUCUAGUAGAAGCUGCCCAUCUGCCCUGGGCAGUUGGAGGAGUAAAGGAAUGAGUAUUUGCCAAGGACCAUUGGCAUGUUGGCUCAUCAUUUGCGUGUUGGGCGUAAGCUGCAUUGCUCUGUUUAUCCUUAUGACUCUGGCAGGCAGGUGUCAGUCUCCCUUUGCCUUGACAGAUGGAGGCACUGAGGCUCAGAGAGGCUGAGUGACCUGUCCUAGGUCACACAGCUGGGAAGUGACAGGGCCAGGGUUAGAACCCAGGACUCCAAGCCUUUUCUUUCCCCCACAUCCUUUUUCUUCAAUGGCAGAAGAUUAAAUCACAUUUACUGUGAUAAACUCACCUUGCCUGAACUCCUCAAAACUGCAGAGUCUCAGGUUCGUGGGAGAUAUUGGAGGACUCAAGCAUUUCAUCACCCUCCACAACAUCACCUGUCUCCUCCCCACCACCAUGUGCUAUCAACGCUCUGCUUCCACACCCUAAGGAAUGGGGAGCUUAUCACUUCCCGAGGAAGCCCCUUCUCUCUUUGGAUAGCUCUAACGGGGCAGGACACACGUAGUACUUUCUAUGGGGAAACUGAGGCACAGAGAAGCUCCCAGAUCUGGGAAGAGCUGAGAUUGUCAAUUUCUUUGUUGGCUUCUUAGACAGUAGUUCAUGCCUAUUUGUGUGUGUGUGUGUGUGCGUGCACACAUUUGUUUUCUAAGCAUUUGAGAAUCAUAUUAAAGUGUGUCUUCUAUUUUAAAGGGCAUUUUAGAAUUCAGGUCCCUCAAAACGAAGAUGUGAGCUCCGUGUGAAUAGACAUGGGGCAGGCAGCAGGACUCCUUGAAAAAGAUCACCCCUUGUCAACACUUGUAAAUGCAAACAUGCUUUGGACCUUCAGAGUUGUUUUCUCCAGCGGAUCGUGGCCAAGGCACAGCUCCUCACUUAAAUAAGCAAAGUGUUAGCUCUGAGAAAGGAGAAGCAAACAGGACCCUUAGACACAGAUCUCCACUUGGGAGACCACUAAUUACAGGUUUUCAGUUGUGGUGUGAACCCAGGCUAGUGGGGGGGCCUACACGUUGCCUCACCCUCUUUCCCUCUCCUGGGUGGGUCAGAGAUUUGGAAUCGGGCAAAGUCAACAUGAAGUGUCAAAGAGUCAAGUCAGAGCCCCCAGAGACUGAGGCAUUGCUACAUGAGUCGAGUAGGUGGGUAAGAGCACGUGGCAGCCAGGUCUGACCCAGCCUGGCAGCUGUGGGAAGAUCCUGUCUCCUCUGUGGACAUCGUUCAGCUAUUUAAAUGACUUAUCUCACACACACGCACACACACACACACACACACACACUCCUGAAGUCACUGCUGAGAUAAAUGCAGCCAGCAAUGCUUCUCCAUUGUGUGGGUUAUAAGAAGUCUGUGUUUACAAGAUCAGUGUCUAGGGCCUUUGGUGACCGAGAGCACCUGAAGUUGGAGGCAUAGGGUCAAGUGUUAUCAACCUGGAGGAGAUAGUUGGGGCAGGAGAGUGGGUGAGAUGACUCAGGUAUGAGAGGUAGAGAGAGAGAAGUGCUCAGGUCAGAACCUCGCAGAAACACCUGCAGAGUUCCUCUCAGCGUCAUCCCCACCACCGUCAGCAUCAAUUAUUUAUUUAUUUAUUUUGGCUGUGCCAGGUCUUAGUUGCGGCACGCGGGAUCUUCGUUGCGGCACGCGGGCUUCUUGGUUGUGGCGU